AUGGAGGUUAUCCCGCAAUUAUGGCAGCUUGUGAUGCUUUCGGUUCCAUUUAUGUACUGCUAUGAUAAUGUCAUGGAGUUAUUAUGCAGUUCGGUUGUGGUGCAAAUGGUAAUAGUGGUUCACUUAGUAUGCUUUGUGCUCCGGAGGAAGCUGUUUGAUGAUUUCUACCGUAUAUACUUGCCAUUCUUGGUGUCCUUCACGUUCUGUGAUAGAACUUUAACUGAACUGAAUAUGAUUAUGUCUACAACAGCAGUUAUUCCUUCGAAUUAUACCCCAAUUCAUUUAGUGGGACUUAUUUUCCAAGCUGGUCUGAUGAAAAUAGGUAUGCAUAACUAUGAUUAUAUUAGCGGAGUUAAAUGCCUUGUUGCCAAUUAUCUGCUUGUGAAUUGGUUGGAAGAUAUUGGUCAAUUGAAAACUUUGGACCAAAUUGAUUGUAAUCUAUUUGGUAUUCUCUUAACAGACUGUCUGAUGAUCAAUAAUGCAACAGCACCCAAUUAUCUAUUGGUGCUAAAAGGAGCAAUGACGAGUGUUAUGAUAAUUAUUGUAGUGAAUCACUUUUUGACACGAUUAAUACCUAGCUUAUCCAACAGCAUUGUGUUAGCCGGUAAUUUUUUGGUACUUUUCCCAAUUUUGGUUAAUCAUUUGAUUGAUUUCUCCAAUGAGAAAAUUACUUCGCCAGCGUUGUGGCUAAUUGAUUUUAUUCUGGAGUCAGAAAUAAGACAGUAUAUUAUGCUUUCUUGGGUAAUAGUACUGGUUGUAUUUAUUCCCUUGGUUAUACUAUUCAAGUCAAAGAUAUCCUUGAAUACUUCAAGAAAGAUCUGGCAUUUUGUUAUUUUUCUCUUAAUUGUGGAACCAUUUCACCUAGAUCCAGAGUUUGUUAAAAUUUCACUUUGUGGUAUCAUUCCAUGUUUUCUGAGUGUAGAGUACCUUCGAUACCUGAAAAUAGAACCAUAUGGUGAGCACCUGGAUUUUUUUUUGAGAUCAUUUGCUGAUUACAGAGAUCAACGAGGUCCUUUAAUUGUAUCUUACAUAUAUCUGAUUACUGGAAUAACAAUCCCCCUGUUGCUGUUUGAAUCUCCGGUAGGAUUGGUAAGUUUAGGUGUGGGUGACUCAUUAGCUUCCAUUGUAGGCAAAAAGGUAGGCCGCAUGCAUUGGAAGGGGACUAAUAAAACGAUAGAGGGUACAGUGGCCUUCAUCGUAGGCACAACUUUCAUAAGUUGGAUACUUCAAAGAUAUUUUAAUUACUUCAGCACAAUUGAUAUAUUUAAAAUUCUUGUUAUAUGCACCACAGGAGGUGUUUUGGAGGGGAAUAGUGAACUUAAUGACAACAUAUUGAUACCGCUUUUUAUGGUAUCAAUGGAAAAACUUCUGGCACAGUCAUGA